GUAUGUACUCUCAGUCAGUUCACUCCCCAAUAAUCAUAUUCAUAUUCCAUGGCUUCUUCCCUCGCCGCUGCCUGCCGCCUCCCCUCCGCGCAUCUCAUUUAUCUCAAUUAACCCCACGUUUCGCUCUCAGACCCAAGGUUUUGAAUAAGCCCAGAAGAUUUAUAUCAACAACUAUGGCGUCCAAAGAGUCUGCUGACAAUAAUCCAGGACUCCAAGCUUCUAUGGAUGAGGCCACCAAAGGCUAUUUUUUGCAGCAAACUGUGAGAUGCUUCGUGUGAAGGACCCUAAAGUCAGUCUUGAUUUCUACUCUCGGAUAUUGGGGAUGUUGUUGCUUAAGAGGCUGGAUUUUGAGGACAUGAAGUUCACCUUGUACUUCUUGGGAUAUGAGGACACAGGUAUUACCGGCGAUGAUGUGCACAAGGCAUGCAAGAGAUUUGAGAGUUUGGGGGUGGAGUUUGUAAAGAAACCUGAUGAUGGAAAAAUAAAGGACAUAGCAUUCAUCAAGAAUCCUGAUGGCUACUGGAUUGAAAUCUUUGACACUAAAACAAUUGCCAAAACAACUGCUAAGGCUGCUGUUUGAUCUUAUGAGCCUAUCCAGGUAAUUACGCAACUGUUUGGCAUCUUAAGAGCAUCCGCAGCGGUGCUCGCUGCAGAAGACGGCGUCCGUGCCGCUGGCGCGGCUCACCGCUGCUCGCUGCUGUGCUCUUGCCGCUGCUCGAUGCAUCGAGCACGUCCGUGCUGCUGAGCAGCUACGUGGCGGUCGCGGAUUGGCCAACGGCAAAGUCGUUGGCAUUUUUGUUUUUUCUUUUUUUAAAUUCGGAUUUUAUUAAAAAAAUCUAAAUUAAAUAAAAAAAAUAUUUUCCCACUUCCCAAUAAAUUAUAUC